UUUUUCAUUAUUUUCUUUGUGAUUCUCCCCUUAGGUAUACCCACGAAAUCUAUCGAUGAUGUUCGUCUUCUUCUUGGGAUGGUAUCAACAACUUCGGGCCAAUUUAAUGUUGGCCAAUUUAAGGAAGAAUCGUUCAGGUGACGUUAUAACUGAAAAACACCUUAUGCCCCAAGGUGGUUUUUUUGAUUUCGUUUCAUCGCCACACAUGUUCUUCGAAGUUCUAAUGUACACGGCUCUUACUGUCAUCCUAAUCGGCAAUACUUCAUGGAUAUGGGUAUUCUUGUGGGUUAUUGGAAAUCAAAUUGAAACUGCUUGGCUCACACAUAAAUGGUACCUUGAGACAUUCAAAAAUUAUCCGAAAAAUCGUCGCGCCAUCAUUCCACAAAUCUUAUAGAUUUUCCCAAUUUCACUGUGUGUCACUCAAAAUCUGACAGAAACGAGACCAGUCGGUUUUACAUAAUUUGGGGGCUAUAAAACCCAAUUUUAUAGCAAAAAAAGCGUCAGAUUCGGUCUUUUCAUGCCAAAAAAGCCCCCAAGUACUCAUUUUCAGAGCGUUUGAAUGGAUACCAAUUUUACUUCAAAAUGUGGACUUCAGAGGGGAAUAACCAAAUCAUUUUUUUUCAAAUGACUCAAUUUUUUCUAAAACGAAUUGUGUGGCAUGACUUUACUUGAACGGUUCUACAACGCCUGAUAGGUCACCCCUCUGGGAUAUUGCAUGAAUUCAAAAUGUUACUAGAGUAUAAACAGCCAAUUUGGGUUUUCCGGGAAACUUCGGAGGAAAAUUGUGGAAAAAUCUGACGUGAUGGGGGAAAACGAAUGAUGCCAUUGAAAUCAGCGCCUCCGAAUUAUGUAAAACCGACUGGUCUCGUUUCUGUCAGAAAUUUGAAGUUGAAAAAUGACGCACAGUGUUUUCGUUAACGUAAAUAGAGUAAAAAAAAAACAAAAUAUCCAAUAAUUAUACACUUUGAAAUCUCUUUUCGCUCUAAAUUUA